AUGCUUCUCGAGGGUGCUCACUACUCACUACAACUCGGUCUGCUUCUGUCUCUGUCACUCAUUACAACAGCUCAGCCUGAGCCUGUUCUAUCUUCGAUACUCCAAGCCCGGGACACAGAUAAGCCUUUUUCAGGAGGACCAAUUGACACAACCUAUCUGCCAGCCCAGAUUGGUGGUAUAAUCGGAGCAUACGCUGUAUCGUUGGUGCUGGUCGCCAUAACACUGCUUGCUUUAUCAAAGAAGCGGCGCGAACAUAUUGCAGCUGGAAUUGACGAGGUCGACUUUGAAGUCCGGAAAGAUAUCGUCAGUCCCGACUUUCCUCCAACAGCUGUGCCUACAUCUCUGAAUAUAAUCACCGACACCGAAUUCAUCAAACCGAGCUUCCAGGACUCGCACGAAGGAAAUCCAUACAUCUAUCCAUCGCCGGCUUCAAGUAUCGGAGCCCCCGGAACUAAUCCUUUUGUCGAUCCCCGUGUUGUGGCAGUAGACAGACUCAUGGCUCAAUCUCAGCUUGAAGACAUGUACAAGCAUGUCCUGGAGCAUGAGGAUGCGAAGAAGCGAGGAGUCGUUUACGAUGUUCCUCUUCCCCCCAAUGCUCACCACCAACCACGCCCUUCAGCCUCGGCCUCCGUACUCUCUCUGAAAUCUUCGACAUCUUCGCCAUCGAAGAAGGAGAGGAGCAAGCCAGCAACACUCAACCUUUCUGCUUCUCGCGAGGAGAAGAGCCAGUCAAGGACCUCAUCAUUUCUCUCAGCACUACGAUCACCAAAGAAGAAGCAGAUGAAGGGCAUGAGCAUCUCAUCGCCUCUCAUGACUCCUCAAUCGGGUGAAUUUCCUCGCUAUGAAGGACAGGAGAUGAGCGCGAUUCCUCCCCGGCAUUACGCUCCGGCCGCUCCUCCUCCGGUCCCCACUAAUCAGGUCCCGUAUGGUUCACCGGCCCUCCCGCCCAAGGCCCAUGCGUCGCUGCCGACCCCGGAUAUCUCGCCCGAGAGUGUUUUGAGCAUCGAUGAACGAAUCGGAAGUCAGCUGCCUUAUCCUGGACACGCCCGUACUGUGUCGCAUGCACCUAGCGAGCGUGAUCCCGAGUCAGCAACUUCGGAACACUCUCAAGCACCACUGGUCGGCCUGCCAUCGUCUCCCAAGCCCGGUUCAAGGUUCCCAUCUCUUCCCGCGUCACCCAAGCCUGGCCAGACAUUCCACCGUGCCAACGCACCUUCAGCUGUGCGCACUGGUGGUUCUCUCCCAUUGCGUGCUUACGAGCCUGCCAUGGUUUCACCAAAUACCAUUGCGCAGACUACCAAGCAGACUGUGUUCGAGAGGAAAGGACCGCUAUCACCAAGCGGAGCAAUGACUCCUCACACAGCUGGUGCAGUGCCUUAUUCGCCUUAUCAGCCCUUCACGCCAUGCAUGCCUGUGACACCUUCGCUUGUGACCAGGGAGGAUCGGAAGAGGAUGAAACGCAUGGUACCUAAGACACCGACUUUGGAGAUGGUUCAGAGCUCGGAUGACGUUUGGUAA